UUCUCUCUUUCUCGUCGCGUGUGUAUUGCAAGGGUAGUAUUCGAGUCAUCCAGGACUCUCAAACGCGACGUCUAUACAAUCGCAACAAGCCAACGUGCGUCGUGGGCGUUGUAAACAAUCAUCAUUUACUCUGGAAAAUUAUCAAAAUUUAUUGCUAAAUUUAUAGAUGACGACUAAAUAACAUUUGUGACAACUAACAAUCAUCAGACUAAGUUGCCUAAGGCUAAUAAACGUUCAAAUAAACUGUUGCGCGUGUAUAUCCUUUGAUCAACUCUGCCGACCUGGAAAGUAAAUUAAUACAUUUCUCUAAGGUGCAAUAUAAUUGUGGAGCUCCUAUCACCAUUUACUACUGGCAUCACUGCAGAAGAUGAAGAGCAGACAUCAAUUUCGCAGGAGAUUCAGUCUCCAACCAUCAUCUUCUCUCAAGGAGGAGAAAGAAGAUGGACCAACCAAAAAUAUAAGGAAUGAGAGGCUUUUGGAGUCAGAGAGUGACGAAAAGUCUCCAGAUGCUCCAGCAAGAUAUAAGAUAGUUGUAAUGGGGGCAGCAAAAGUUGGAAAAUCUUCAAUAAUCAAUCAAUUUCUAUAUAACACAUUUUCACCCAAAUAUAAACGUACUGUCGAAGAAAUGCAUCGUGGUGAUUUUAAUGUUUCUGGAAUUCAAUUGACUUUGGACAUUUUGGAUACGUCAGGUUCAUAUGAUUUUCCAGCAAUGAGAGAAUUAUCUAUCAAAUCAGCAGAUGCUUUUAUCUUAGUCUAUGACGUAAAUGAUGCUGAAACUUUUACUGAAGUGUCAGCAUUAAGAUCUCAGAUACUUGCGAGCAAAGGAGCUGUGCCAAUUGUUGUCGUUGGAAAUAAGGUUGAUCUGAUAAUGGAUGACGAUGCUGAAUGUGAUUCUCAAGUCAAUGCCGAAAGAACAAGAGAACUUGUAGAGAUCGAAUGGGAGAAUGGAUUUGUUCAAGUAUCAGCCAAAGAUAAUCUCAACAUUUCACAGGUCUUCAAGGAGUUAUUAGUCCAAGCCAAGGUCAAGUACAACUUAAGCCCUGCAUUGAGACGACGAAGACGUCAAUCAUUACCUCCACCCCAGCACAACUCACGAACAAGUAGUGUUCAUGUGCCAUCACCUCAGCAGCUACAACAUCUCCAACAGAUUCGUGAACGUUCAGGAGGCAAAAGAAAUUCGUGUAUUCUUUCGUAAAAUUGACAUUGUUUAUCAAUUUAUUUCUAUUCUUAAUCUUCCUCUAAUACAUCUUUCUAUCAUCCUUUCUUUUCAAUCAUUCCAUGUAUUGAUGUACUUAUAUUAACCCCUUGACGUUCGAAUAACACUGCUUUAUUACCUAAGAUGAAUUAGAUAAAUAUGAAAGAAUAUCAUUCAAUGGUAUCGUACAUUUUUGACAAAUGUAUGUAUGUACAUAUGAUUAACAGCUAAAGGAUUAUCAACUUUAAAAAGGUUGAAGAAUGAUAAAAGAAAAUAACAAAGGAAAAUAUUUUAAUCUUCUGUCAAUCACACUAGUAGCACAAUUUUUGUUCUGCUGAUGAUCGGCCUUAAAUCUGACUAUAACGUUGCAAAGACUUAUCACCUAAAGCAAAAUGUAUUAAGAGCAGAUUCAAGUAUGUCUAUUUUCAGGACAAAAAUUUUGUUACAAUAACAUGUUCUAAGAAGUAAUAUAUAAAUAAUUAAUAUGAAAUUAUUUUAAAAUAUUGAAAAAAUAUAAUAAAUCAUAGUUACAUCUUUAUAAAAAUGUCAAGUGUACUUUUCUGAAAUCAAAGUUAAUAUAAAUCUAAUAGUAAAUAUUAUAUAACUGACGUCUUCUUACAUAAAUAUGUCAGUUUCUAAACAAC